AUGUUGUUCUAUUUUUAUACGGCCUGCUCCAUACUGGCCGUCUUUAUCUCGAGCAGCAACGGUCUGACAUCCAGACCAAGGCAGCAUCACCACGAUGUUGUUAUUUACGGAGGAACUUCUGGUGGUUUUGCUGCAGCCAUACAACUUUCCAGACUAAAUCGCAGUGUAGCACUAGUUGAGCCUUCCAAUCAUAUUGGAGGCAUUGCUGUCGACGGCUUCGGCGCCACUGAUCUUGAUUCCCAGGCUGAAUAUCAAAACUCUCGUGCUGUUGGUUCUUUGGCUCUGGAAUUUUACCGCCGCAUAAGUAUUCGAUACGGAAAUGUGGAGGCCUUUGAUGCUGGGUGGGCAACUCAUACCAAGAACAAGCUUUUAUGGAGAUUUGAGAGCCAUGUCGCGGAAUCUGUACUUCAGGACUGGCUUGCUGAAGAAAAGAUCGAUAUUUUCCGAGGACAAUAUCUCAAGCAGACCGGAACAAAUGUUAAAAAAAAUAAAGCGGCUAUUAAGUCCAUUUUUACUGAGCAGGGCGAUGUGUUUUCAGGAAGAAUUUUCAUCGAUGCGACGUAUGAAGGCGAUCUUCUUGCUGCUGCAGGCGUGUCAACGACGAUUGGGAGGGAAUCGUCUGCGACUUUCAAUGAAACCAAUGGCGGAGUACGUGUGAACACGACGUUUUCACAAUUAACGGUCCCAGUGGACCCAUAUGUGGUCGUAGGUGAUCCAUCAAGCGGUCUCAUUCCUACAGUUCAGGAUGAGCCACUUGGAGCCCCGGGAAGCGGGGACAAGAAUUUGGCGGCCUAUGUCUUCAGAAUGUGUCUCACAAAUGUUACCUCCAAUCUUGUCCCGUUCACUAAGCCGGCCAACUAUAAUGCUACCGAGUACCUCCUCUGGUCAAGAUACGUAGCUGCUGGGGGAGAAAUUCUUACUCCUGAACUAGUGGUUCCGAAUUCCAAGACCGAUACAAUCGGCAGCACAACUCUGGGUCUAGGCUUUGACCUACCAGGGCGAACACUAGCUUAUCCUGAGGGAAACUGGGCCACUCGACAGAGUCUAAUACACUCACUAGCAGAGUGGCAGAAAGGCCAGCUAUACUUUUUUGCCAAUGACCCUUCAAUGCCAAACAAAACUCGAGAGGUGUGGAGCACGUAUGGAUACGCGAAAGAUGAGUUCAUAGACAACGACCACUUCCCAAGAAAGUUUUACGUCAGAGAUGGGAGAAGGAUGGUGAAGAACAACUUCGUUAUUAGUGCAAGGACAGCUGCUCACCCACCAGUUGAACCUGCCGCAAAGGAUCCAAUUGCGGUAGCUUUCUGGCCCACGGAUGUGCAUAUUGCUCGUCGCAUUGUGAAAGACGGGUCCGUCUACGAUGAAGGUUCCAUAUUCAAGCAAGGUCCCCCGUGGCAGCCUUUCGGAAUCUCUUACCAAGCCAUUACCCCAAUGCGUCAAGAGGCAACCAAUCUCAUGAGCCCUACGGUCAUGGCAGUAUCCCACUUGGGCUAUGGCGCUGUUCGGAUUGAGAAUACAUUUAUGAAUGUCGGCCAGGCGGCUGCAUUUGCUUCUUCAGUUGCACUCGAUAUGGGCAUUGCUGUGCAAGAUGUGCCUUAUUCUAAAUUAGGCCCUAAGCUCAUCCGCUCUGGGGCAGUUGUCGAUGCGUCCACUGUAGGACUACCUGACAACACUGGCUUAUAA